GGGGCCGCCUUCCACGUGCAGCUGCACAGGUCAUUGAAAACGCGAAUGUUUAAUUUACUCUUAACAAGCGGCGUAGCCAGGUAUUAGGGUAAGGUGAUCAUCAUCGGUGUUUCUGAAUUCAGAGCCUUCUGCCCGCAGUGAAGCAAAGGCAUAGUGAGGGGAGGAAGGUACGGGUACUGACAUGGCGACGAGUAGCCCCUGUGUUGUGAUCAGCGAUGAAGAGCAAGGCUAUGACCUUGAUCUGUUCUGCAUCCCAAAGCAUUACGCCGAUGACCUGGAGCGGGUCUACAUUCCACACGGGCUGAUCCAGGACAGGACCGAGCGGCUGGCGAGAGAGAUCAUGCGGGAAAUGGGGGGGCACCACAUCGUGGCGCUGUGCGUGCUCAAGGGCGGGUACAAGUUCUUUGCCGACCUGCUGGAUUACAUCAAGGCCCUGAACCGCAACAGCGACCGCUCCAUCCCCCUGACCGUGGACUUCAUCCGGCUCAAGAGCUACUGCAACGACCAGUCCACUGGUGAAAUCAAAGUCAUUGGAGGAGAUGACCUCUCUACUCUGACAGGGAAGAAUGUCUUGAUUGUGGAGGACAUUAUUGACACGGGGAAGACUAUGAAGACACUGUUGGAGCUACUAAAACAGUACAACCCAAAAAUGGUCAAGGUGGCAAGUCUGCUAGUGAAGAGGACACCAAGGAGUGUUGGCUACAGGCCAGACUUUGUAGGAUUUGAAGUCCCCGAUAAAUUUGUUGUGGGAUAUGCACUAGACUACAAUGAGUACUUUAGAGACUUAAACCACAUCUGCGUCAUCAGCGAAACAGGAAAAGAGAAAUACAAGGCAUGAAGAGAAGUUCCCCUUUAGCUGUGUACCACGUUUUUGUUGUGUAAUUAAUUUCAUAAUUUCACAUUGUUUUUUUACUUUAAAUUUUAUUUUUUUAGGCACAUCAGUAGGGCAGAUUCAGAGGUCUUUCUGGAUCUGUGAAAAGCUGCAGAUCAUGUGCACUGCUGUUUUGCACUCAAAAUCCCUUGACCCCCUGUUAGUUACACACUUUGCAACACACAGACCCAUAGCUACUCUGCUGUAAUGCUGUAGGUUAUGGUUAGAGUACACUUAGAGGUGUAAGACUUGUGUUGAUCACAGUCAGGAAACUUGCAGGUUUCCCCACACAUACUUCCAAGCAGUAUAGUUCAAUAGAAUGCAUAUUUCUAAUUAUUACUUCAUGAGCUUUGUCACUGUGGUGUAGAGCCAGAGGGUUGAGCUGUAAAGUGACUUGGCAUCAACUGUCAGACAUUAACUGGGGAUAUCAGACAUUACCCAUGUUUCACCACAUUUAAUGUACAAUAUUUUUUAAGAAAAUGCAAUGGUCUCCUGUUUUCUUAGAUAUCAUUCAUAUUUUAGAUUUUUUAGUACAAUACCAAAUAAAAAAAAUACAUAGUGCAAAUAUUUAAAUGAACCAGAGCACUUACUUAUGUAAUAGAGAGAUAAAGUCCCUCUUUCAAUCGUCUAAAGUCCAGGGUCAUUAAAGAAUGAUCACUGACAUUAGAGUGCCCAAUGUUUUGUGGUUUUAAAAGCUACGUUUUAAAAUUCAGUUCAUUUUCUUAACAUAGGUGAAAAAUACAUUCGCUACUUGACCUCUUGUAGAAGUGCUUUGCCAAGUAAAUUCCAGCUCCAUGUAAAGGCAAAUGUUGGAACUGCCGUGGGGUCUGUAUGCCGCUGCACGCUUGGAUCACUCGCCAUCCCACAUGUCAUAUGUCCACUCUGCCCUGCUCCUAUAAGAUAAUCUGAGAUGCUCUGCAAUAUUGGAC